AUGGUCCCCUCUUGCGCCCCAGAUACAGAGAUUCUUCAGUUCACUCGCAAGCACCCUGCUCUUUUCCAGCGAGUCUAUCCCGAGUCUGGCUCAUCCAUGGAGGUGCGGGACCGACGAAGUGUUUCCAGUGAUUAUGACGAUCCCAUUCCCAUGCUCCCGACUCCUGAGUAUGAAGCCCUCCAUAUCCCAGCCCCAUCCUAUGGUGAGGAACUGACCGAGGUUCUUUGCAGGGCAUAUGACGAGAUGACCAUCACCAACCCUUUCAGCACUUCAUCUGCCUCAACCAUCAAAGCUGCCAUGGGUGAUAAGACCGUUCAGAACUGCGUGGAGCGCACGUCUAACAAAUCCUAUAACCCACCCAUGCCAUUGAUCCCCGCUACAGCCGACCUCCUCUUUGACGAGGUUGACACAAGCUUCCCCCCUGAGGAGGAGUGGCUUAAGGAUCUCAUUCCCCAGGAACUGGCUCCAAAGCACAACACCGACAAUGUCAAUCCUUUGGCGCCCUCGACUCUCUUCAACUUCGAAAUACCUCCGCUUGAUAAGCCUUGUCGCUUCGAAGAUCUCAGUCCGGUGGAACAGGAGCUGUUUGCAGACUUGCACGUCGAGUAUUCCAAUGCACCGGAAGAUGUCAUCUACCCGCUCAUUGGAUCCUCUUUCAAGGAUCUUUCCCUGGAGAGCUCCCCCGCUAGCGUUAAACAUGCUUGUGUUGGUUCUAAUCCUUCGGACCUGACUGCCACACCCGAUGCGACUCGCAAGCAGCUUUUCGGUGACAACGGAUGGCUUGACACAUCCAGCUCGAAGGCCCCAACCAUCAUCAGUCGGAAGGGAAAUUUGUUCCAAGACUUGCGCGAUAUGGGAAAAAGAUCAAGCAGCAAAUCGCUGUUGUCAUUGAUGACAACACACCCAUUCACAAUCUCUCCAGGCUCCUCAAGCUCUGGGUCUAUCCAGCUCGCUCUACCCAGUGCCUCUUUGAACUCCUUCAGCCAGGCCAAGUUGUACGCAAACCUGGAGUUUAUGAUCUGCAGUACCGCAAACGAUUUCUUGCUCGUCUCUUUCUACGACGGUCGUAUCUCCCCACACUCUCUGAGCAAGGUCAACUCCGCCUGGGUCAACAAGAACAGACCCCAGGUGCUGGAGUUCUACUUCGACCAGGCUACCCAGUAUGAGCUUGUUUCUGCUAAUCGCCAGAGCCUGGAAUUCACCGGCGCUAGCCAGCACUGUCCUCUGCUUGUUCAGCAAAACUUGCAAAGUUGGAAGACCCUUACUCAUGAGAUGAGCAUUCGCACAUUCUGCCUGCCUGACGGUGCGAUUCGGAAGCAUCUGUUUGACAUCGAGAAGAUCCUCGAGAUGAUGCGCCCGUCUGAUUUCACCAUGCAGCAUUUCCACUUCCUUUCCGACGAUGCUCGCAUGAAGAUGUUGGAGGCAAUGACCUCUCCAGGUCUUCAAAGCGAGGCCGACAGCCCGAUGGAUCUUUAA